AUGGCCCUCUUCAAACGCCCUCCCAAUGAAAAGGGAUCUGUUUGGUUCCCUGUCGCCAUUGGCGUCUUGAUACAAAUACUUUUGGUCCAUAUCCCUCUCUUCACAGCAGGCAGAUUCUUUGCCGGCCUUGGAGUUGGCUUGCUUUCGGCUUUAGUCCCCCUCUAUCAAUCCGAGACCGCUCCCAAAUGGAUCCGUGGAUUGAUCGUCGGCGCAUAUCAGCUUGCAAUCACCGUCGGCAUCCUUCUUGCUGCCAUCGUCAAAAACGGCACUCAUCUCCGGAACAACACCGGCUCGUACAGAAUUCCCAUCGCUCUUCAGUGGCUCUUGUCGCUCAUUCUCAUAAUCGGAAUGCAUUUUCUCCCCGAGACUCCCAGGUACUGCAUCAAGCGCGUAAACUUCAUCUUCUGCUACGGGACUCAGUUCUUCGAGAACUCGGGAAUUUCCAGCGCGUUCCUGAUCAGUAUGAUUCUAGCCAUGGUCAAUGUUCUCUCGACUAUUCCUGCCGCCCUCGUUUUCGACAAGUCGGGUCGCCGCCCGCUGCUCUUGUGGGGUGGUGUAGGCAUGUGCAUAUGCCAAUCUCUUGUCGCUACGCUCGGCACAACGACAACAGGCCAGACUGCCUCUGGGGUCAUCACCGUGCUCAACGUUGCUGGCCAAAAGGCUUCAGUUGCUUUUUGGGCGUUCAACUGGGCCAUUGCUUACUCGACUCCAUACCUCGUCAACUAUGGUCCCGGAUAUGCUAACCUUCAGUCCAAGAUCUUCUUCAUCUGGGGCGCCGCCUGCCUCAUCUGCGUCCUCUUUGUCUACUUGUUCAUGUAUGAGACAAAGGGUCUGUCUCUAGAGGAGGUCGACGAAAUGUACCAGGAGCCAGGUCUCAAAGCCAAGGACAGCAACAAAUGGCGACCGAGCGUCCAUUUCCGAAUAAUCCCGCUUACCGACGUCACAUACCACAACAGGGAGGUCACAUACAACAAGAACAAUGUGUGA